AUGAAAUCGUGCGGAGUGUCGCUCACCGCCGCCGCCUCUGCUGCUGCCCGGAGUCUCGGCGUUGCUGGUAAUGACGAGGAGAAAAUGGCGUCGGGAAAAGCGACCGAAAUCGAAGAGGACUUUCCGAAGCUCACGGCGCGGGAGAGGGAGCGCUUGGUCGCGGCUGACAGUUCACUGUUUGGAUUUCACAGGCUUCAAGAAGAUGGCGCCAGAACGAAGGCCUUGCUGUUAAAGGCUGUUCGCUGCUACGAUGCCAUCAUCCUGAAAGCAGAGGGGAAAGUGGACCCCGACAUUUUCUGUCAGCUGGGCCACUUCAACCUCCUGCUGGAGGAUUAUCAAAAAGCAUUAUCUGCAUACCAGAGGUACUUCAGUUUACAGUCGGACUACUGGAAGAAUCCUGCCUUUUUAUACGGCCUCGGCAUGGUCUACGUCCAUUACAAUGCUUUUCAGUGGGCAAUCAAGGCGUUCCAGGAGGUGCUCUACAUCGACCCCGGCUUCUCCAGAUCGAAAGAGAUUCAUCUGAGGCUGGGACUCAUGUUUAAAGUCAACACAGACUACGAGUCGAGCUUAAAGCAUUUUCAGCUGGCUUUGAUCGACUCCAAUCUCUGCACUUUGUCCAAAGCUGAAAUCCAGUUUCACAUUGCUCACUUGUAUGAGAUCCAGAAGAAAUACCGAGCGGCGAAAGAAGCGUACGAGCGUCUGCUGCAGACGGAGACUCUUCCUGCGCAGGUGAAGGCGACCACACUGCAACAACUCGGCUGGAUGCAUCACACGGUGGAGCAGCUCGGGGAUAAAGGCACCAAGGACAGCUAUGCCAUCCAGUGUCUGCAGAAGUCUCUAGAGGCUGACCCCAACUCCGGACAGUCCUGGUACUUUCUCGGCAGGUGCUACUCCAGUAUUGGGAAGGUGCAGGAUGCCUUCAUCUCUUACCGCCAGUCGAUCGACAAGUCGGAGGCCAGCGCCGACACCUGGUGCUCCAUAGGGGUGCUGUACCAGCAGCAGAACCAGCCUAUGGACGCGCUGCAGGCCUACAUCUGUGCCGUGCAGCUUGACCACAGCCACGCCGCGGCCUGGAUGGACCUGGGCACGCUGUACGAGUCGUGCGGCCAGCCGCACGACGCCAUCAAGUGCUACGUCAACGCCACGCGCAGCCAUGCCUGCCUUAACACGGCGGCGCUCACGCAACGCAUCAAACUGCUGCAGGCUCAGUUGUGUAACCUACAACCAGGUAGUCUGCAGAAUAAGAGUAAAAUGCUUCCUAGUAUUGAGGAGGCGUGGAGCCUGCCCAUUCCUGCUGAGCUCACGUCCAGGCAGGGGGCCCUGAACACUGCACAGGCGCAGCAGGCCUGCAAGGCGGAGGAAGGCCAGCCGGCCAGUAACCACACAGACCCGCAGGCCAGUCCUGCCAAGAAGAAACGCACUGCCAGUCCAGCCAAGAGCGUCGCAGACUCAUGGACGAACAACAACAACAACAACCAGCAGCAGCAGCAGAUCCCCAGCUGGUACCUGACGCCACAGAAGCUCCAGCACCUGGAUCACCUGCGGACCAACAGAGCGAACCUCAAGCCUCCUCAGGUGCAGAUGCUGGAGCAGCUGGAGAACCAGUUCUCUCUCAUGCAGCAGCAUCAGCAGCAGAUGAGGCAGCAGGCGGCGGCGGGUGGCCAGCCGCAGCCGGGCUUCUCCAACGGUCCCUCGGCCGAGCCCCCUCACCACCACCUCCUCCCCCGUGCCUCCCCCCUCAAUCACACGGCGCAGCCCACGGCCAACGGGUCGUGCUCGUUGAGUCCGUUGGCGGCCGGGCCGCUGGGAAACCUGGACAGGAACCACCACACCCCAGGACUGGGAGGUGGCGCCGCCGCGAGCAACGGAAACGUGCCUUACCCGCAGCAGAACUCUCUACCUCACCACUGCACAGCCGCCAGUCGCCCCAGCACCAGCAGCACCACCAGUAGUCCCAGUCACCCAGACGAGACGUGGAGGAGUCAGCAGCGCAACACUACCACUCAGGGGCUUCACAAAGGUCCAGGUUCACAUUCGGCGGGUCCCAAUGGAGAACCCCCUUUCUCUUCCUCCUCCUCGUCCUCCCCUCACACCUCCUCGUUCUCUUCCUCCGGCAUUCUGCUGAAUCAGGUGGGACAUUCCUCUGGGCCCUGCACUGCCUCCUCCUCAGCCUCGUCGUUGUCCCCCACCUCCCCCCAGUCCACGCCCAACCACUUGUCCUCGCCCCCCCACUGUGCCACUACCUCAGGGGUCCACACCAAAGACGCCACGCCUUCAGGGGGCAAUGGCGGUGCCGGUGCCACUUUGCCAUCAGGCCCGGACGCCGCCACAGCCGCCGCCAGGCAGUCCGCAGGGACUCCCCUUAGUCCCGGCGCCGCCCCCGCGCAGAGAUUGACUAAUCACGUCCAGCCGCGGUUGACGGACUGCUCGGCUGGCCCGUCGCAGCCCAGCUCUCCUGCCCCCGGCGUGCUCACUUCAGACAAUCCUCAGCUCUCAGCCUUGCUAAAGGGAAAAGCCAAUGCGACCAGUAACGACGACAACAAUAACCACAGUAACCAGGGAGGGCCUUCCUCAGAGAAAAUCAACAACGUCCACCCGGGUCUCCAAUCCACGACAACCUCGCCGUCGGCCACCUCUACGCCCUCUCCCCGCUCCGCAGACCCUCACACCACCAACAGCCUCUCCUGCCUUAACAGCCCGUCCACCGCCGACAACAACAACGACCAGGGGCCCAAGCUUAACGGGACGACGGGGCCCGAGGACUCCCAGAGCCCGAUGAAGUUGAAGCCUUCUGGGGGAACUCACAGGCACGGCGCCCCGGCUGGUCUGGCUCCCUGGUCCUCGUUCUCCAUCUACCCCAGCUCCAGUGAGGUCCUCAAGGCCUGCAGGAAUCUUGGGAAGAACGGCCUGUCGACGAGCAGCAUCCUCCUGGACAAGUGUCCGCCGCCGCGGCCCCCGUGCUCGCCCUCCCCGCCGCUGCCCAAGGACAAACUCAACCCUCCCACGCCCAGUAUCUAUCUAGAAAACAAGAGGGACGCCUUCUUCCCUCCACUCCAUCAGUUCUGCACCAACCCCACCAACCCUGUCACCGUCAUCAGAGGCCUGGCCGGAGCUUUAAAACUGGACCUCGGCCUGUUCUCCACCAAGACGCUGGUGGAGGCCAACCCCGACCACCUGGUGGAGGUGCGGACCCAGCUGGCGCAGCCAACUGACGAGAACUGGGACCCGAGCGGCGGCAGGAAGAUGUGGCGCUGCGAGAGCAGCCGCUCGCACACCACCAUCGUCAAGUACGCCCAGUACCAGGCGUCAUCCUUCCAGGAGUCUCUGCGGGAGGAGAACGAGAAGAAGAAGGAGGUGGACGUAGAAGCGAGUUCGUCGGACAGUGCGAUGCGGCGGCGGAAAGGUCCUUUCAAACACCUCAAGUUCGGCACCAACAUCGACCUCUCGGACGAAAAGAAGUGGAAACAGCAGCUUCAGGAGUUGGCGAAGCUGCCGGCGUUUGCUCGCGUGGUGUCGGCCGGGAACCUUCUCAGCCACGUGGGACACACCAUCCUGGGCAUGAACACGGUGCAGCUCUACAUGAAGGUGCCGGGGAGCAGGACGCCAGGUCACCAAGAGAACAACAACUUCUGCUCGGUCAACAUCAACAUCGGUCCCGGGGACUGCGAGUGGUUCGCCGUGCCUGAACCGUACUGGGGCGUCAUCAACGACUUCUGUGAAAAGAACAACAUCAACUUCCUGAUGGGGUCGUGGUGGCCCAACCUGGAGGACUUGUACGAGACCAACGUGCCCGUCUACCGCUUCAUCCAGCGGCCGGGAGACUUGGUGUGGCUCAACACGGGCACCGUCCACUGGGUCCAGGCCAUCGGCUGGUGCAACAACAUCGCCUGGAACGUCGGACCCCUCACAGCGAAUCAGUACAAACUGGCAGUGGAGCGUUACGAGUGGAACAAGCUGCAGAGCGUCAAGUCCAUCGUCCCCAUGAUCCACCUCUCCUGGAACAUGGCGAGGAACAUCAAGGUGUCGGACCACCGGCUCUUCGAGAUGAUCAAGUAUUGUUUGUUACGGACUCUGAAGCAGUGUCAGAUGCAGCGGGAGCUGCUGCUCGCUGCCGGGAAGGAGCUGGUGUGGCACGGGAGGACGGCCAACGAGCCGGCGCACUACUGCAGCAUCUGUGAGGUGGAAGUGUUCGACCUGCUGUUCGUCACCAGUGAGAGCAACAGCAGGAAGACUUACGUGGUGCACUGUCAGGACUGCGCCCGCCGGGGGAGCAGCGACCUGGACAACUUUGUGGUGCUGGAGCAGUACAAGGUCGACGACCUCAUGCAGGUCUACGACCAGUUCACACUAGCGACUCCGCUGCCUUCGUCCUCUUGAUGUCUAUACGAGGAACCACAACGGACUUAAAUCUGGAAAACUCUCCGGAAAACUUUUCUCAGAUAUUCAGGAAGUAAAGCCGGCAGUCGUCCUCACUGCAACUCUGUAGCUCCCCCCACAACGGCAGCUUGCGUGAAGAAGCUGCGUGUCUAUGCAACCUGCCCCCCGACAGCUCCUCCUGUCGUCACGACGACCAGACUGUUCUACUGCUGGCCCAGCUGGACUUCACCAGAACUCACACACACACACAAAGAACCCACUCAGUUACGUUAUGAAUUAAAAGUUUUGUACAUAUUAAUUUUCACUGGUCACACAAAGACUACUGACGUGAUGGUGUUCUUUUCUUAUUUUAAACUUUUUUUUUUCUGUUUGUGGGUUUUCGACGCCAGAGCUUCGUCGUGAGCGUCGCUGCUCCUCCGGAUGUUCGACAGCUCGUCGGUCAGGAAAACAUAACUGUUUUGUAAUGUGAAAAAAGUUUGAGUGACAUUUCUUUUUUGUUUCAGAUCAGUUUUUAUCUCGACGAGUGCUCGGCUACAGAAAUAAUCUGUAGACCAACAAACCGCAGAGUCACAGAUAAAAGAAAAAGGGUUGCACAUAAAAAAAGAGUGAACUUUAAUUUGUGUUCUUUUUUUAUUUUGAUGUAAAUUUACACUUAUUUAUAAAAAUGCAUAUUUAUUGCUUGGAACAUAUUUGUUGAUGGAAUGCUGUAAUUUUUUUUUCCUCCAGAGUACCUGCCAUUAAAUCUGAAGGAGCCGCGUGAUUUUUAUUUUUUUUUGAAGCUCUGCGCCACAAACGUUUUCUAUAUGAAUAAAAGUGCUUAGUUUAAAAAGCGUUGUACAGAGACGUUUCCCUGGAAACGGGAUUAUUGUUUGAAGGAUGUUUUAAAGCGUCAAUAAACAAUAACUGUCUUUAUUUA